AAAUGUUGCACUAUACUCAAUUAGCGUUAUCGAUUUUGGUUGGACAGUGCUAUUGUGCAUAGCCUCCAAAUUGUAUUUAAUUGCUAACAGUCGCAUUCGCUAAUUAUUUUAAAUGAUUUGUAUAAUGGAAAAUAUUGAAGAUAUCAUAGCGCUACAGCAGCAGUGUCUCGCCGGAACGCUCCCUUGUAGCGCUACAGUAGCGUUACUGUAGCGGUGUCUUACCAAAACGCACUCAUUGUCUAUGGCUUAUGCUCUAGUACUUUCUACAAUAUUUUCCAUGAGACUCGCCAUCUAUGUAUCACGUGAUACACGACAGUGCGUGUACUGUGCCGCUGACAAUGAACCGCAGCGGUGACUGUGAUAAGUGAUUCGCGUAAACGCAUUCUUAGAUCGCUCGAUCCGAAUAUAUAGUGGCAGUGGAGAAAGAUAGCACAUCGGCCGCUGAUAGAAGGAGCAUCUCUUGAUGAUUCGCGCUUUACGUGAGCCUCAGGCAAGCCGGAGUAGCUCGCAAUUAUGUUCGAUGUACCACAGAAGUUCUAUGAGCUGUGUCGCCUUUGUUUAUCCCCGGACGGUGUCAAAUGUUCCAUAUUCGAGGAGGAGGGCAUUCAGCGAAGUUUCGCCGAAAAGAUAUUAGCGUGCUUGUCAAUCACGGUAAAAGAUGGCGAUACCUUACCGUCAAUUAUUUGCCAUCGAUGUGUAUAUAAAUUGGACGUACUGCACAACUUCCGAGAAGUGUCGCAAAAGUCUGACAUUAUACUUAAACAGUACCUGGACUAUGCCAAGCAAUUGUCAUCUUCUGAUGAGCAGAAAGAGACUCUCUCCACUGCCAAAAUAGUAGGCGAAAGCCCUCUACAAUCGUUCCUCGAGUUAAAUAGGACAUUAUUCAAUGAGGAGUCUAACUCUGAGCCAGCCAGCAUUAAUCAAAACAUAAUACCUCAAACUCUAACGCAUCAUCUACAAUUGCAAAACAGUGAUAUGCCAGAACAUGAAAAUAUUAAGUGCGAACCAGAGGAUGACACAUGCUCGAACAGCUCUGAUCCUGAACGACUAGAAAUUGAGGAUCGUGACGAGCAGGAAAUUGAAAGCGAAGAAAAUGGUUAUGACAUGACUGUUAACAAGAGAAUUAAAAUUGAGGACAAUUAUGAUGGCUCCGAAUCCAACACAGCAAAUUGUAGUCCAGUUAAUAGAAUGGAUACCCCAGAGAGCAAUUGUUCCGAUAGUAACAUUGACCAUGAAACGACGAAGCUGUGGCAAGCUUUAGCUAGUAAUAGAAGUUUGGAAAUCACACGAACAAAUGGUGAUAAGUUAAAUAAUGGAUUUACCGGCGAAGCCACAAAUCUGCUACGUUCUUUGAUUAACAAUAGGCAGAUUGGUAUUACCGCUAUUGAUUCAGAAAAAAUAUCUCCGCAAAUCAAAUUCUAUAGGGAUACGCAGGGUACAACUAUAGAAAAUACGCUAACUGAUUUUCCUGUGCUUGGUAAUCGUACGAAUAUAGCAACUUUAGAAAAUAAGGUAAGUGAGAUUUGUUUCUCUGUAUAGAGUGCCUCAAUAGAUAGUAACCCAUCUAGCCCUGCCAGUAUCGGUCGUAAGGAAAUGACGAUAGCGACGAAAGGUCGUAGAAAGCAAAGCUAUCCCAGUAAGGCUCCAGCGAGUCCGGACAUUGUCGCCAAUUACCAACAUGAACCCAACAAUGAAGAGCAGGCUCAUGAUUUUACUACAUGGUCGAACAAGAUAAAAGGAAAGAUGGACGAUCAAAAACAAUUCGAUCAGCAAAGUGGCAACAUUGCAAAGAAGGUCGACAUGUCUUGCACAAAUUGUGGCACUAUGACAACAACCAUUUGGAGAAGGAAUAUGAAGGGCGAGAUGGUGUGCAAUGCUUGCGGGCUGUAUUACAAACUACAUGGUGUUAAUCGCCCGGUUACUAUGCGAAGAGAUACUAUACAUACGCGCAGACGUAGACCCAAAGGCGAGAAACCAACGAGACACAGGAAAAAAGGGGACGCAGUCUUAGCAUCUCAAUCAACAACGGAACAAAUGGAUGCCGAGAGUGCAGAUAUGUUGGCGGCUCUUCGACGACAAAUUCAACCUCAUCUGAUGAUGGCAGCAUUGACGCCUGCACGAAUAUCCAGUGGUCAUCCGCCUGCGCCUGUCACUUACUCAAUACCUUUGCCUAGUUACAUGAUUCACCAACAUACGAAAGCCGAGGAGCGUGUACAGCGACAUCUAUCUAUGGAUACUGAAGAAACGGAUGAAGGUGACGAGGAAAACGUUUCUGAUGUUCCUUUGAAUUUGGUGGCAACUUCACUUUCAGAGGAGACGCACUAAGAAAGAUCUUGGGUUUAUCAUCUAGGUAUGCUAACGAAAACUUUCUAAGACGGUGUAGUCGUUUUUCGAUGACGUACGUUCACUCCGAAUGAAUGUCCAUAUCUUGGCAAACUUUCCCAGUAAUUUUUCUCGAAAAAUUAUUUAUACCGGGGAUUGUAACAAUGUUCCGCGAAAGAUAGUCGGCAAACUCACGCCACGACACAGCGUGCAUAAUGGAACGAGAUGAUAUUAAUUACGCAGUAUUAAUUAUUCAAGAUGUACAUACACACACACACACACACACAAACACAGAGAGA